AUGAUGAAUGACGUGUCCACGAGCUGGAGUGAAGAGAACUCCCGGGAGCUAUUGCUAUCCGAUAUAGCGAACCCAUUUGAAACCGGUCGAAGUCAGGAAUUUCAUAAAACAGCCCUGAGAGGGGACAAAUUGCUGCCACGUCUGCGGAGAUUUAUUACUGAUCUUACAAUGGCUGGUAAAUGUUAUGACUAUGAAGUUUCUUUUAAGGUGAUAAAAUAUUAG